GAGGGAAUCGCUAGGGAGAAAGAAAAGAAAGAACAAAGAAGAAAAAGAAAAAGAAAAGAUUUACCCGUUCGAUUUUGAUUUCGGUGUACGUUGGAGGAGAUUUCUGUGAGAUUGCAAAAGUUAGGCAGUGUCGAUAAGAGGCGAGAUGGCUUACUUCAAGGAUGUCUCCUCCCCCUCUGGAAACGCCGAGUUGGUGAUUUGCGAGUUUGAAGGUCAACCGCUGGACAAGGCGACUCGUCUAUUGGUGCAUCCACCACUCAUAGGACGCGGAGCUGCUCGCCCUCGCUUGGAGGUGUCAAAUUUCCCAAAGACGUGGUCUCGGAAUGUCGCUGGCGGAAAGCAUACCUUGCAAUCCUCACUUCAUCAACACGUGUCAAACGAUGUUCUUCCACUUCCAACCUUGGGGCGGCGGAUCAUGGAUGGGGCGUGCGUUUGGAAUGGUCUUCCUUCAUUUGAUGGCAACUUUUCGUACGUGGCCGGCUAUUGGGAAUGGGCGGAGGAUGUGUUGGAUCGAUGCGAGAUUCAACUAAAGAGAGGAUGCAUUUACGAUGCGGUCUAUGCUUCCUUGUUCUCCUACGACUAUUCUCCGGAGAUCGUCAAGGCCGUUUGCGAGGCGUGGUGUCCCAAAACCAACACCCUUUUGACUGCCGCCGGUGAAGUGUCGAUCUCUCUCCGUGACUUGGCGUCCUUGGCGGGCCUCCCCAUACUCGGCUCAUUUUACGAAGAGGUGGUACCAAGCGCAAAGGAGCUAUAUGGCAGUAAAGAGGAUAGGAAGCUGGUUCCCCGUUCGUGCCGAUACCUGUUGCAUGCCUAUCACCUUCUUCGGAGUCGUGACAAAGGUCGACGUGGCGUCCGCACAACCGACUGGAUUUCUUUUUGGUGCGAAAAGACCGUCAAAUACGAGCGUCCUCAAAUUCGUCGUGGCAAGGAGUCUACUCGUUCUUCUCGGCCUGAUGCGACUUACAAUCCUACCGGAGAGAUUGGUGCCCACGAGCCAUGGUCGAAGGCGCAGGAGUCAUCUUUUGCCAAACUCAAAGUUGGACGGGAGCACCUUGAGGAGACUUUUCUCGCAGCGUUCCUUUCGUUGGCUUUGCAUCUUUGUGCUUCCGCUCGACGAUGUUGGUUUGAUACGUCCUUCGACUUUCAAGAUGGCAAGUGUCCUAGCGUCGGGAUUUCCAGUAAGCUUGGCCAUUCCAGUCUUAACCAGUAUUUAUAG